UUGGGGGCGGAGAAGCCGAGAGUAGCCGGGAAAUGAUGGCUGAGGAAGAGGAGGAAGUCAAACAGAUCUUGCAGAAAUUGCAGGAACUGGUGGAUCAACUCUAUGCAUUUCGAGACUGCUAUUUUGAGACACACAGCGUUGAGGAUGCUGGGAGGAAGCAACAGGACGUGCGGGAGGAGAUGGAGAAGACCCUGCAGCAGAUGGAGGAAGUAGUGGGUUCUGUCCAGGGCAAGGCACAGGCUCUGAUGCUAACGGGGAAGGCACUGAAUGUGACUCCUGACUAUAGCCCUAAGGCUGAGGAGCUCCUGUCAAAGGCUGUGAAGCUGGAACCCACGCUGGUGGAAGCCUGGAACCAGCUGGGUGAGGUGUACUGGAAGAAAGGGGAUAUUGCAGCUGCCCACACCUGCUUCUCAGGAGCCCUCACCCAUUGCAAGAACAAAGUCUCCCUUCAAAACCUGUCAAUGGUGCUUCGCCAGCUGCGGACUGACUCUGGAGAUGAACAUUCUCGCCAUGUCAUGGACAGUGUCCGACAGGCCAAGUUGGCUGUGCAGAUGGAUAUCCACGAUGGCCGCUCCUGGUGUGAGUGCUCUCAAAAGAUCUCCAAGAGGGGUCUAGAGCAGGGGUUCUCAAGCAUGGCUGUAUACCAGAGCCCAAAUGUUGAGGCUGCCUCUCAGUAUGAAGCCAGGGUAUCUUUGUUUUGAAGAAGCCCGCAAGGUAUUCUGAUGAGCUGCUAUUCUAGGAACUCUCGGAUCUUUUAAUCCAAGAGAGGAGGCUUGUGUUU